AUGGAUCCCUUGACAACACUAGACUUGAGCCACAAAUGUCUUCAAGACGUGCCAAACAAUGUCUUCUCUCACGAGCGCACUCUCGAAGACCUAUAUCUGGACGCCAACCAAAUCCGAGAUCUGCCACGAGCGCUCUUCCACUGCGAGGGAUUGCGUGGUCUGUAUCUGUCGGACAAUGAGUUGCAAUCGAUUCCGAGUGCGGUGUCAUCGCUGACACGACUGGAAGUGCUUAAUAUCAGCAAAAACAAUAUCCUUCAGAUCCCAGACACCAUCAAGUCUUGUAAGUGCCUCACAGUAGUGGACGCCUCCAUCAACCCAUUGGGUCCCAGACUUCCCGAUGGCUUCACUCAACUCAUUAACCUCCAGGAACUCUAUCUCAACGAUGCAUUCCUCGAGUUCUUGCCCGCAAACUUUGGCCGUUUAUCGCGAUUACAAAUCGUUGAAUUGCGUGAAAACCAUUUGAAAGCUUUGCCCAAAUCCAUGUCCCGUUUGGUCGACUUAAGACGUCUAGACAUCGGACAAAAUGAUUUCCUCGAGUUUCCAGAAGUGAUCACAAGUUUGCAUAAAUUGUCUGAACUCUGGUGUGACUGCAAUCGUAUUAUAUCGAUACCAAAUACAAUCGGUGACCUAAAAGAGAACUCUGGUGUGACUGCAAUCACAAUCGGUGACCUAAAAGAGUUGACUUAUUUGGACGCGAGUUAUAAUAAGAUUGAAGACAUCGCCGCAGAAAUGGGUGAUUGCCUUCAGUUAACAGAUUUGACGUUCACUUCAAACAACUUAAUAGAAUUGCCCGAAAAAUUGCCCGAAAGUAUUGGGAAUUUAGUUAAUCUGAAGAUUUUGCGAUUAGAUGUCAAUGAGAUUAAGUAUCUCACGUCUGCCAUCGGAAGUCUCUCGAGUUUAGAGGAAUUGGUGUUUAAUGAAAAUGAAGUGGAAAGCCUUCCGACAAAUAUUGGUUUAUUACGAAAUCUGCAGACUUUGAUAGGAGACUGCAAUAAGCUAACGGACCUCCCGGUGUCGAUCGGCAGUUGCAUGAACUUAAGAAUAUUAUCGUUGGCUGAAAAUCAGCUGAAAGUGAUUCCCGACGAAUUGGGAAGACUAUCAGCGCUUAAAGUUCUUAAUCUGAACUCUAAUUUCUUAACUUAUUUACCGCUAUCUCUAACAAAGAUCACAAAUCUUCAGGCGUUGUGGUUGAAUGAGAAUCAGACGAAACCAUUAAUUAAAUUACAAUCAGAUAUAGACCGAGAGAGCGGCCAAAAAGUGUUGACGUGUUUUCUUUUGCCUCAAAUGUCAGAUCACUCUCGAAAUUCUCCCAAAAGUCUUGUUUCGCCCAACGAUUCCAAUAAUGACAACAAUUUGGUGGCCGACAGACAGAUGAUUAAGUUUUCUAACGAUCCGUCGGAUUUGAAUGGCAUCGACGACGAUCUCGAUGUGCGGAUUACAACCAAAUUGAUUAGAGCGCCCACUCCUUAUCCCAAAGAACUCAAAGCACACGCCCGACACGCCCGCAAUCUGGCGCUUAAGCAAAAGGACAUCAAUAACACCGUGACCUCCACUUCCCAGAAGUCCGACAAUGAUAUGAUUGUUGCGACCAAUGAGAGCGAACCCAUUAGCCCUGAAAGCGACCAAAUGUCUAGUCAUUCACAAGUAAAAGAAGCAAAAGUAUCGAAAUCUCCUUCAAAUAUAAGACACAUUCCCAACAGUGAACCACCGAAGAGGCCCACAACGCUUCCCAUCAGUUCAGCAUUCAAUGUCCCAAACGUUGAGAAAUCUCCUAAAAGGAGUUAUAAAGUAGCGGUCAAUAGCUCGUUGAGUUUGAAGAGUCCCAUCGAAAGGAAACUCAAAUCGAAAAGUAUUUUUUCAAAAGAAGAUAACGAAAGAGGAUAUAAAAGUGAUGUCGAACUCUAUUCGACACAAAAGUUAUCGAAUAACACAACAAUUGGUUAUUCGAGUGAUUGUGAGUCGAAACGAAUGGAUCGACUCAAAGAAGUGGUGCCUAAAGAGCGCGACUUAGAGUCGGCUCUCAAUAAAAAGCCUUUGGAAACGGAUUUGUAUUCAAAAUGCAAUUCAGAGUCUGAUUGCUGUUUGCAUACAAUUAAUCAAUCAAUUGGUGCGAACUCUUCAGACAAAAGCAACGACGAGAUAGAAAUUAGUGAUACUCUUGUAAAACAAAUCUCAACCCAUAAUUUGGUCACAAAUUCACACACAAACCAAAACUCCUCCCAAAAGACAAGUAUUUUCGACUCAAUCACUGUCAAUGCAAUUGAUGUCAACUCGAACUCAUCGGUCGGAUCAUUAUAUCCGUCGACUGGAAGUGAACGACCCGUCUCUGUAUGUUCUGGUCAUUCGCCAUACAGUAGUACCGGCAGUACUGCCAGCGAUCACCCAAAUGGUAAUCCUAGUCAAUGCUCUCUAUCGCGCACUCAACUCAAACCUACCGAAGCAACCAAUCAAACACCAGCUCUGCCACCAAAACCUCUUAACUACAUUCCAUCGCGACUGGACAUAGGACUGACUGCACCGGUAGUGGCGAACUCUCGUCUAAGACAACCACAAACUGCUUCUUCGCAAUUCAUUAUUCAUAAGUUUUCUCACGACUCGUACACUCAAUCCAAACCAUCGAUUGGUCACAACUUAAACCCUCACUCAGUGCUCACAACCAAUGAAUGGAAUUUGAAUGGAAUUGAUUUUAUCGAUGACUCCAAUGAGUCGAACGGUUCCAAUGGUUCCCAUAAUUGUAAUUUACUCAAUAGUGUCAACAAUAACUUGAAUCGUCCCAAUCGUAUAUUUACCACAAGUACUGCACACGUCUUUCCUGUGAUAAUUGUUAAAAACCCUGGCCUUGGAUUCAGUAUCGAGUGCGGCCUACCAUCGAAAAAAGCCAACGAUUCAUCGGGCGUAUUCGUGUCGUGUGUAGAACCGGCAGGUUCUGCGAGCACUGCCCUCAAAGUGGGCGAUAGGAUACUUCAGAUCGAUGGCAUUGAUCUGCAGAAUGUGACCAAAGAUAAGGCGAAUCAUAUAUUUGAGUCAACGGGAGAUACGAUUUCACUUAUGGUUUCCAGAGAUAAAUCAUAACACGUUUCUAACAUUUUUUACAUGAUUUUACAAAAGUUUCCAC